AGGAGCCGCUGAGAGCAGCCACCUAUUUAAGAAAUGUUUACGAAAGGAGAGAGAAGGCUCAAACUGAUGCCCUAGGAAAAGGAGAAGUGUGUGAACAUUCCCCGGUAGUAAGGCAAGUAUGAAGGAGCUAAGUGUGCGUCAGCAGACCCGAGCGCUUCUGCACAAGAAUCUGCUCAAGAAAUGGCGGAUGAAGAGAGAAAGCUUAUUGGAAUGGAGCAUACCAGUUUUUAUAGGACUGUAUAUGGGUCUGCUUUCCUACUUCAAAGAAAAUAUUCAGGUCCCCGAAGUCCCUCCUCAGGAUCUUGGAAGUAUAAAUAAAUUUAAUGGAUCUUAUAUAAUGGUUGUCUAUACACCAGUCUCUAACAUAACCCAACAGAUAAUGAACAAAACAACAUUUGCUCCAACGAUGAAAGGAACGAGAGUCAUCGGGGUACCAAGUAAAAAAGACUUGGAUGAAGUGCUCCUGGAGAAUGUGCCACGUGCUUUGGGAAUCAUAUUCAAUGACACUUUCUCUUACAAGUUAAAAGUCUAUAUAAGAUUUGGAAAUCCGUUUUUGAAAGAGGACUUAUUAGCUCAUUGCUGGGACACGUAUUCUGACGUUUUCUGUUCACUGUCCAGAUACUGGGAAAGAGGGUUUGUGGCUUUACAAACUGCCAUUAAUGCUGCUAUUAUAGAAGUCACAACAAACCACUCCGUGAUGGAGGAGUUAAUGUCCACCGAUGGGAUCAAUAUGAAGACAUUACCUUUUAUUUCUAAGGAUCUUUUUCAAUACGAAGUUUUUAUCUUGUUCUGCUUGCUUUUCUUCUCCUCAUUUAUAUAUUUUGCAUCACGCAAUGUUACUAAAGAGAGAAAACGGUAUAAGGAGCUCAUGAAAGUCAUGGGUCUACAAGACUCUGCAUUCUGGCUGUCCUGGGGCUUAACCUAUGUUAGCUUCAUCUUUAUUAUUUCCAUAUUCAUUGCAAUUAUCAUAACAUCUGCCCAGAUUAUAAUGAUGACUGGUUUCCUGGUCAUAUUUAUGCUGUUUUUCUUAUAUGGAUUAUCCUUGAUUGCUGUAACUUUCCUGAUGGUUGUGCUGUUACAGAAAGCGGUCCUCACCAACCUAACUGUAUUUCUCUUUACCCUCUUUUGGGGGUGCGUGGGGUUCACUGUACUGAACAAAGAACUGCCCUCCUCUCUGGAGUGGGUUCUGAGCAUCUGCAGCCCCUUUGCCUUCACAUCUGGAAUGUCUAAGAUUAUCUUCCUGGAUUACAACCUGAAUGGCGUAGUAUUUCCUGACCCCUCAGGAGAAUCAUAUGUAAUCAUAGCAAUAUUUUCCAUAUUGGCUUUUGAUAGUCUUCUCUACUUGGUUUUGGCCCUGUAUUUUGACAAAAUCUUGCUCUAUGGGGCCGAGCACCGAUAUGCUCCACUGUUUUUCUUGAAUUCAACAUCUUGUUUUCGAAAAACAGCAAAUAGAAGCAAGGUCACUGAGAGAGACAGAGACCCUGAGCUUCCUUCGGAUGAGUAUUUUGAGCCGGUAGAACCAGAAUACCAAGGGAAAGAAGCCAUCAGAAUAAGAAAUAUUAAAAAGGAAUAUAAAGGAAAGUCUGGGAAAGUGGAGGCUUUGAAAGGCUUGUCCUUUGACAUCUAUGAGGGUCAGAUCACAGCCAUUCUGGGCCACAGUGGAGCAGGCAAAUCCUCCUUACUAAACAUCCUCAGUGGAUUAUACGUUCCAACUGCAGGGUCAGUCACAGUCUACAAUAAAAAUCUCUCUGAAAUGCAAGACUUGAAGGAAAUCAGAAAGAUGAUUGGUGUUUGUCCUCAACAUAAUGUUCAAUUUGAUGCACUCACUGUGAAGGAAAACCUCACUCUCUUUGCUAAAAUAAAAGGGAUUCUUCCACAGAAUGUAAAGCAAGAGGUACAGCAAAUCAUAUUGGAAUUGGACAUGCAGAAUAUUCAGGACGAUCUUGCCGAACAUUUAAGUGAAGGACAGAAGAGAAAGCUCACCUUUGGGAUUGCCACUCUAGGAGAUCCUCGAAUUUUGCUCUUAGAUGAACCCACUGUAGGACUCGAUCCCCUUUCGAGGCAUCGAAUAUGGGGUUUCCUGAAGGAGCGCAGGGCAGACCACGUGAUCCUCUUCAGUACUCAGUUCACGGAUGAGGCGGACAUCCUUGCUGAUAGGAAAGUGCUCAUCUCCAAGGGGAUUCUCAAGUGCACAGGGUCUUCUGUCUUUCUGAAGAGAAAAUGGGGUCUUGGAUAUCACUUAAGUUUGUUUAUGAAUGAAACAUGUGAUUCAGAGCACUUAGCAUCCUUCAUCAAUCACCACAUCCCUGAUGCUAAAUUAAAAGCAAAAACCAAAGAAAAGCUUGUGUAUAUUUUGCCACUGGAAAGGACAAGCAAGUUCCCAGAGUUCUUCAGUGAUCUCGAUAAAUAUUCUGGCCAGGGCUUGAUGAAUUAUGAAGUUUCCAUGUCAACUCUGAAUGAAGUCUUCAUAAACCUGGAAGGAGUACCAAGUCUCACACAGGACUUUGAGAAAAGAGAUACAGUAACAGACUCAGAAAGCUUAAAUGAAAUGGAGGUGGUUUACCCUUCUCUCUCUCAAGUACACAAGACUGUGAGCACCAUGGGCCUUUGGAAAAUGCAGGUCUGUGCUAUAGCACGGCUUCGCAUCUUAAAACUAAAACGAGAGAGAAAAGCACUUUUGGCCUUUCUACUGCUUCUUGGAAUUUCUAUGCUCCCACUGAUUUUGGAAUACGUGGUUAAUGCUAUGAUGGAGGAAAAGACCAACUGGGAAUUUAAAACAGACUUGUAUUUCCUGUCUCCUGGACAACUCCCUCAGGGGAAGCAAACCAGCCUACUGCUCAUCAAUAACACAGAAUCAAAUAUUGAAGAUUUUGUACAGUCACUGAAGCAUCAAAACAUAGUUUUGGAAGUAGAUGACUUUGAAAACAGAAAUGGUACUGAAAGCCCUUCCUACAAUGGUGCUAUUAUAGUUUCUGGAAGACAAAAGGAUUACAGAUUUUCAGCUGUGUGUAAUACCAAGAGGCUACAAUGCUUUCCUAUAUUAAUGAAUGUCAUCAGUAAUGGGAUCCUUCAUAUGUUCAACCAUACACAGUUUAUUAGAAUUAAGGAAGAUUUAUUCUCACCAAAUAUCAUGAUAGUCUGGUUUGGUAUCCUGGAAGCUUCCCUGUUCAUAAUGUUUAUUUUAUGCAGCAUCUCUCCAUAUAUUGCCAUGAGUAGCGUCAGCGACUAUAAAAAGAAAGCUGAUUCCCAGCUGUGGAUUUCUGGCCUCUACCCUUCUGCCUACUGGUGCGGGCAGGCAGUAGUGGACAUUAGCCUCUUCAGCGGAAUGCUUCUCAUAAGCUACUUCACAUUAUACACAACAAAGAUGGGGUACAUUUACUUGACAAGCGAAAUUGUGCUAUCUCUAAUUGUUCUUUCAUUUGGCUGUGCAGCUUCUCUUGUCUUCUUGACCUAUGUGAUAUCAUUUGUUUUUGGCAAAAGGAGAAGAAACAGUGGCUUCUGGUCAAUUUGCUUCUUUGUUGUCAUAACCAUUAUGUUUGACACAGUUUUGCAUGAUCCCUUCAAUGAAGGACAGCUUAUCUCUGCCAUGAUGUUAGUCCCUUCCUUUUCACUGAAUGCACUCCCGAUUGUCUUGGAAAUGAGAGCCUACCAGUACUACCAAGAAUUCGGAGAGACCAAAUAUAAUUUAUCUGGGGUUGAUCUUCUGUUAUGCCUAAUACCUUACUUUCAUACUUUGCUGUUCAUUUUCGUUCUGAGAUGCCUGGAACUGAAAUAUGGGAAGAAUGUAGUACGGAAGGACCCCAUCUUCAGGCUAUCUCCACAAAGUCUAAAUGUUCAGGCAAAUCCAGAGGAACCUAUAGAUGAAGAUGAAGACGUUGAAGCAGAAAGACUGAGGACAUCCGAUGCUCUGAGCACCCUGAACUUAGAUGAGAAACCGGUCAUAAUCGCCAGCUGUCUGCACAAAGAGUAUGCAGGUCGGAAGAAACGUUGCUGUUUGAGGAGGACAAGGAAAGUAGCAGUGAGGAACGUCUCUUUUUGUGUUAAUAAAGGAGUACUAGUUUCUGUUGAAGCCAAGUCGUCUUGGUUUCUGUUGGUGGAAUUGAAAAGGUCAAGUUCAGCUGUGGGUCGCCAGGGCUAUGACAGCGCUGAGUUUGGAUACUGUCCUCAGGAGAACGUGCUGUGGCCCAUCCUGACAGUGAAGCAACACCUGGAGCUGUACACUGCUGUGAAGGGGAUGAGGAGGGAGGAUGCUGUCAUUGCCAUUUCAAGGCUAGUGAAUGCAUUUAAACUACACGACCAGCUGAAUGUCCAAGUGCAGAGCCUAGGAGCAGGAGUGACCAGAAAGCUGUGCUUUGCGCUGAGCAUGCUGGGAAACUCACCUGUCCUGAUUCUGGAUGAACCAUCCACAGGCUUAGAUGUGUCAGGGAAGCAACAAAUGUGGCAGGCAAUCCAGGCAGCGGUUAAAGACGAGAAGGGUGUCCUCUUGUCUACCCAUGACCUGGCUGAGGUGGAGGCUCUGUGUGACCGAGCGGCCAUCAUGGUGUCUGGAAGGCUGAGAUGCAUCGGUUCAAUCCAACACCUGAAGAAGAAAUUUGGCAAGGAUUACACUCUGGAACUCAGAGUGAAGGAAAUUUCUCAAGAGCCAUUAGUUCACAGGGAAAUUCUGAAGCUGUUCCCCCAGGCUGCACGCCAGGACAGGUGCUUCUCCUUGCUGACCUACAAAAUACCUGUAACAGAUGUUCAUCCUCUGUCUCAGACCUUUCACAAACUAGAAGCAGUGAAGCACGGCUUCAACCUGGAAGAUUACAGCCUCUCUCAGUGCACACUGGACAGAGUAUUUUUGGAGCUUUUGAAGGAACAGGAGCUGGGAGAUGUUCAUGAAGAAGCUGAUACAACCAUGAGAAGAACACUCCUCCCUCUCUCAGAUGAACUGUAAAGUCUCACACCUAAUCAUUCUGUUAUCCCACAAACUUGUUUUUCUAUGGUAAUGAACAGAAUUAAUAAUUUCAAAGAUGCUUUAAUGUUAACAUUUUUACAUAUUUUAUCUGUUAAGUCAGCAUCAUAAUAAAAUGUACAAUUA